AUGUUGCGUUGGUACCAGGCUAAACUGGCUAAGUCGCCCAUUCUCACCGCCAGUGCUACCAGUUUUAUUCUCUUUGGUAGCGGAGAUGUUCUCGCUCAGCAGGCUGUCGAUCGCAAGGGCUGGGAGAAGCACGAUCUAGCUCGGACAGCCCGUUUGGCCAUCUAUGGUGGAGCCAUCUUCGGCCCCGCCGCUACGACAUGGUUCGGUUUCCUUCAGCGUCACGUCGUCCUCAAAGGCACCAAGAGCACCAUCGUUGCCCGUGUCGUCGCUGAUCAAGCCAUUUUCACGCCCAUCAACCUGUCCUGCCUGCUGUCUUCCCUGGCUAUCAUGGAAGGGACCGACCCCGUCGAGAAGUGGCGCAACGCCUUCCUUCCCACAUACAAGGCCAACCUGUCCAUCUGGCCUUUGGUCCAAGGCGUCAACUUUGCCUUUGUCCCGAUUGAAUUCCGGGUACUGGUCGUCAACGUGGUCAGCUUGGGCUGGAAUUGCCUUCUCAGUAUGAUCACCAGCGACGAUCAAUAG